ACUAUUCUCCUCAACUGUGAAAAAGAGUUCCAGGGUGAAGAGACCAGUGCUGCGUGUGUCUUUACCUUUCUCGUACUUAGAAAAGACCAUCAUUUGCAUGGUUGUUUUUAACCUUUUUUUUUAACCUGAUGGACAAUUUCAGUAUUUUAACUGCAAUCCUAGAAAAGUUUUGUUAUUCCUUUUUAGAGGCAUGUCAGAAACUAAACACAAGUGGGAAAAGUACUGGAAAAUGCUUGAUAUCAAGGAGGACAUUAACGGUCUUGGAGAGGAGACGAGAAGAAAUACCCAGGAGGAAUGACAUCGUGGCAAGAAGUUUCUUCCGGACGGGAUACACAAACAGAAAGUGGAGAGGAUUUUCAAAGAUGGAGGACACAGGAGAAGAGGCGGUACAGGAUAGGAGGAGCGGAAGGACAUAAGAUGGCGUGAGGACCAAAGCCGGUGGUUGGUUUGAUCCGAGCCACGUGUGCGUUCAGCUACGUCUCCUCACCACGUUAUGGAUGUCGACGAAACGUUGGGUUCUUCUAAUGGCCGGUCUCUCUAGUCUUAGACCAGGUAGUUCAUCGAUCGGUGUAAGGCAGGUUUGCGGCUUAGGAAUUGGGAGUAAAUGAACCAAGCGAUGCACCAACAAGGCAUGAAACUAAGAAAAUGACUGUGAAGGCCAACGGUACUUGAAUGAACAAUCUAGUAACGAUCUACCAACAAAGGUCAUCAUUCUGCUCAAGGAUGUGGUUAACUCUGGGAUUCAGACUGAGGAACGAGUCCUUCCUCCUGAACACAUGGCAUCCAUGAAAUCCGCGCUGUCGCCCUCUCCAUCAUUGGCCAUGAGUGUAACGGGAAGCUGAUAGCAUGUGACCAACAGCACCCGGGAACCCAGCAUCACGCUGCUACACCACCUUGAUAAAACCUCCGUCAGGAAAAUGGCCGAUGCAGGUUUUCGGUUUUGGAACGAGGACAACAAGUUCCAGCAAGCAGAUUUGCUGACGUCACCAUUAGCAUCACUCCAUCUCAUCGACGAAAAGACCGACCAAAUGGAGGAUGAGCAUGGACCACAUUUUAUAUGUCCUGCAAUAACAUCAUCCAGCCAAUCACAAAAGGAGGCUGACAUAUCCUCAGCUCCGUGCUCUCAUCAGUCACUAUCAUAUCAAGAGACCGUGCAGCCUCGGAUGAGCCGAAAUGACAGCGAGACUCAGUCUCCCACUUUGACAGCGUUCAUGCAGGAUCUUUCCACAUUUUCCGCUGCUGAUGACGACGUGUUUCAAGACUUAGGAAACAUCCCCAAGGAAGACGAGAUCCCGCCCAAGAACGUCAUCACCACAGCAAUGGCAGCAUGUGAUGCCUGCACUGAGCAAAAACAGCUGGCUGAUUCAGAGUGGUACUGGGGCAACAUCUCAAGAGACGAAGUCAACAGGAUGAUGAGGAACACACCCGAUGGCACAUUCUUGGUCCGAGAUGCUUCUAGCAAGGUCAAGGGGGAAUACACCUUAACACUGAGGAAAGAUGGCUCCAAUAGACUGAUAAAGAUCUUCCAUCAUGGUGGAAAGUACGGCUUCUCUGAGCCAUUGACUUUCCUUUCAGUUGUGGAGCUUAUUCAGUACUACCAGGACAAGUCACUGGCCCAGUACAACUCUAAACUAGAUACGCGGCUGCUGUUUCCCAUCUCCAAAUAUCUGCAGCACGUGGUGAUGGAGGUUGGCAUGGAUGCAGUCGGAGAACGGCUCAAGUUAUUUCAGGACCAUUAUGAAGAGAAGAGCAAAGAGUAUGACCGUCUCUAUAAGGAGCUCAACCAAACAUCACAGGAAUUACAGACUAAACGGAUGGCCAUUGAGGCUUUCAGUGAAAUCAUUCGGAUUUUUGAAGAGGAGUGUGAAACCCAAGAGCGCUACAGCAAGGAAUACAUUGACAUGUUCCUAAAAUUAGACAACAGUACAGAAACUGAGAAGAUUCAGAAUAACUCUGAUGAGCUGCAAUCAAGGGUGGAGGAGAUACACAACAGCAAAAUUAUGUUGGAAAAUGAAUUGAGAAGCAAGGUGCUGGCCCACAUGGAAGUUGACAGAAGAAUAAAUCACCUGAAGCCAGACCUCGUGCAGCUCAAGAAAAUCAGAGAUCAGUAUUUGAUCUGGCUCUCACAGCAAGGAACCAGGCAGAGCCAAAUUGAUGACUGGCUUGGUGUAAGAAAUGAAGAAGACCCAUACACCCUAGCAGACGGUACCCACCACGAGGAGAGAACCUGGUAUGUUGGAAGUAUGACUCGAAAGGAGGCAGAGGAGCUGCUUAGAGGCAGAAGGGACGGCACUUUCCUCAUCAGAGAUAGCCAAAGUCAGAAAGGAUCCUACGCCUGCUCUGUAGCCGUGGACGGGCACGUGAAGCACUGUGUGAUCAACAGGACAUCUACAGGCUAUGGCUUUGCUGAGCCAUAUAACCUGUACUCAUCACUCAGAGAGCUGGUGCUCCACUAUCAGCACACAUCCCUGAUCCAACACAACCAGCAGCUGAAUGUAACCCUGGCCUGGCCUGCUCUCAGCCAGCAGCCCAGCUGAGAAACCACCAGCAUGCCACACUGAUAGCACUUUCUCGAUGUUUCACUAUAUCAGCACUCAGAAGAACAACAAAACAGGAAGGACACUGUUAACCAGCUCAAACUGAAAAAGUGUUGAGAAUUUUAGCGCUUAUUUUUUAUAUCCAACACUACUACAAAAGCAUGAUGAUACCUCCUUUUGUUUUUUUUUUUAGAACAAUCACAUGUUUGUAAUGUUUUUCUUGUUAGGCAACAAAAAAUAGAAAAUUAUAUUUGAGACCAAGAUUUUUUAGUGUAUUAACUAUGAAACCUCACGUGCUGUGACAGUAUGAUAGAUGCCCACAGUAUGUUUAACAUUGCUUUGACAGUCAGUUAUUCCAUGAGGAGAUUUUUAUUGAAGCCAAUUUGCUGGCGGACCCAAUGACAAUGUAAACAAUCGGUACAUCUGUAAUUAGUGAUUCUCUUUACUCAGGAUGUCCCGAUCAUCCAUAAGUGAGAUUGGCUGAUACCAAUCACAUGUAUUACCCUUAAACAUUUUAUUUAUUUAUGGUUUAUAUUGACAGUUUAACAAUAUCAACACAAUAUUUAAACAAGUCCCUUAUUGUCUUUCUUGGUGUGUUCAGCCUCGUCCUUUGUGGAUAAUGAUACUUAGACACUUAUAAUAUAAAGAAAUGCAGCUUAUUUGCAGUAAUGGAGGUAGUUAUUACCUUAGGUGGAGCUUCUCCACAUUGUGUAUGGAGACACAUAAUUAGCUGUUAGCUACAGCGUCAGCCAGAGGGGAUCAACAUUUUAGAUCAGCAAUAAAAUGCAUUGAUCGGCAAUGGCGAUCACAUACUUUUCACAAAAAUUGGCCGAUACUGAUUGGUGGCCUAUCGAUUGGCACAUCCCUACACUUAAGUAAUGGUAAUGGUGUUUAAGCAGCUAUUACAGUGGUACAUCGGUUUUCGUUAAACCUCAAAUUUUUUGUAUGAUUGAGUUUGACAAUUGUUUUUUGCCAAACAUGUUCUUAUAACAUCCCACUCGUUGGUGACACAGUAACCCUGCUUUCCAUUAUAGGACUUAAUAUCACUGCAAAAAAAAAUCAAUCAUUGGGCCAAAAAAAGUUGCAAAUGACACCACCUUGAAAAAGUAGAUGAGAAACUUUAUUGAAUUGAAGAAAGAAAUUGUGGCAAAGUGUGAAGGUGGCAUUUGUAUUGCUUACCCUCCCCUCCUCUUUCUCUGCACUUUGCCAUCUUCGCCCUUAGUUAGUGUAUAUUUAUUUUAUAAUGCAAAUAUAUUUGCACUGUUUUCUGCAUGUACAGUAAGAAGGGGAUUCAUAUGGGCCCCAUUUGUCGCGGGUUACCUGACACGUGAAACGUGACAGAUUGGGGAUGUGCACUAUCCACUUUAGCCGACAGAUGGCAGUAGAGUGUUGAAUAUCUUAAAUGCGUUUUGUGGUAAUUCCAAGUUUGACCACAGCGUCAGUUGCUAUAUAUAGAGUGGCGCUUUACAUCAUUUUUAAGCAGACUGCAUGGCAAAAUGAUUAACUCCCCACUAGGGCUGGGCGGUAUACCGGUAUUACAAUUAACGAUUUUACAGUUAAUACCGGUAUAUUUUAGAAAGAUAUAUAUUUUUGAAACAUUACAUCAUACCGGUAUCUUUUGAUGUGCCUUUGUUACAGCCGUUUGCGGCCGGUGUGGCGCUGCGGCCGGGGGGCCCAGCAGGCAACGUAGCUGAGGAAGGGUAUGGCGCGCAUCCGGAGUCGCUACCGCGCUUUGCCGACACGACUCCCGAACUAUAGCUCCAGCGACUGGCGGGGGCUCCUCUUUAAUAACCAGAGGUAACACAAGCUGGUGAAAAGAUUCAACAGAAUAGCUGUCACAGCCGACAAAACUGCCUCUAGCUAACAAAUACAGCUCAGUUGAAACCCUCGCUGACAUCACACGUUGCUUGGCAACACACACCGCCUUUUAAAAGGCACUCACUGUCUGCCAUCAUAAAACUUCUCUCAACAGCAUAUUACUUAUAUUUUAAAAAAAAUGUACAAUUACAUUUAUUAAAGAUUAAUUCCAUUCAUAAUUAAAUAAAUUUUUUGGUCAAGUAACUAUAAUUACUUUUAAAAAGUAAUUUUCAUAACACUGGUAGUAACAGUAAUGUGGUGUUGAAUUUAAAUUACCACUCAGUGCGUUUGUCAUUUCUGGGUUGCAAUGUUUUUGACCGAGAGGAACGUACAUUUUGUUUUGUCAUUCAAUAGCUGCUGUUCAUUGGCUGUAGUAGACAAGAUCUAGAGGCAUAUACACAAACCAGAUAGUCAGAAAACAGCUGAAAAUUAGGAAGAGGAUUCUCACGAUGUUUAAAGGCCUACUGAAAUGAAAUUUUUUUCAUUUAAACGGGGAUAGCAGAUCCAUUCUAUGUGUCAUACUUGAUCAUUUUGUGAUAUUGCCAUAUUUUUGCUGAUAGGAUUUAGUAGAGAACAUCGACGAUAAAGUUCGCAACUUUUGGUCGCUGAUAAAAAAAGCCUUGCCUGUACCGGAAGUAGCGUGACGUCACAGGUUGAAAGGCUCCUCACAUUUCCCCAUUGUUUACAAUGCAGCGAGAGCGAUUCGGACCGAGAAAGCGACGAUUACCCCAUUAAUUUGAGCGAGGAUGAAAGAUUUGUGGAUGAGGAACGUAAGAGUGUAGGACUAGAGUGCAGUGCAGGACGUAUCUUUUUUCGCUCUGACCGUAACUUAGGUACAAGGGUUCAUUGGAUUCCACACUUUCUCCUUUUUCUAUUGUGGAUCACGGAUUUGUAUUUUAAACCACCUCGGAUACCAUAUCCUCUUGAAAAUGAGAGUCGAGAACGCGAAAUGGACAUUCACAGUGACUUUUAUCUCCACGACAAUACAUCAGCGAAGCUCUUUAGCUACGGAGAAAACGUGAUAGCAUCGUGCUUAAAUGCAGAUAGAAACAAAAGAAAUAAACCCCUGACUGGAAUGAUAGACAGAAAAUCAACAAUACUUUAAACCAUGGACAUGUAACUACACGGUUAAUGCUCUCCAGCCUGUCGAAGCUUAACAAUGCUGUUGCUAACAACGCCAAUGAAGCUAACUUAGCUACGGGACCUCGACAGAGCUAUGCUAAAAACAUUAGCUCUGCACCUACGCCAGCUCUCAUCUGCUCAUCACGACCCGUGCUCACCUGCGUUCCAGCGAUCGACGGCGCGAUGAAGGACUUCACCCGAUCACCGAUGCGAUCGGCGGCCCGGAGACGGAGGAAGUCAAGGUGAGGACAGCGGUGCGGCGGCGGGCGUUGUAGCUUUCGACGACACCCCGGCCGCCAUCAGAGUCGGCAAGAAACAUAUAUUUCCCAAAAGUUACGUACGUGACAUGCACAUAGCGCCACGCACGUACGAGCAAGCGAUCAAAUGUUUGGAAGCCAAAGCUGUACUCACGGUAGCGCGUCUGCUAUCCAUCUCAAAAUCCUCCUGGUUGUGUUGCUGUAGUCCGCCGCUAAUACACCGAUCCCACCUACAGCUUUCUUCUUUGCAGUCUUCAUUGUUCACUAAACAAAUUGCAAAAGAUUCACCAACACAGAUAUCCAGAAUACUGUGGAAUUUUUCGAUGAAAACAGAGCUGUUUGUAUUGGGACACAAUGGUGUGCCAAUACUUCCGUUCACUCCGUGACGUCACGCGCAAACGUCAUCAUACCGAGACGUUUUCAACCGGAUAUUUCCCGGGAAAUUUAAAAUUGCACUUUAUAAGUUAACCCUGCCGUAUUGGCAUGUGUUGCAAUGUUAAGAUUUCAUCAUUGAUAUAUAAACUAUCAGACUGAGUGGUCGGUAGUAGUGGGUUUCAGUAGGCCUUUAAAAGAUUCUACCUCACCAAAAGGUGGGCUGUUCCUACUAUUUGGUCACCCAAGUUUACAUUUCGCCUAAAUGUUUACAUUUUGAAGUUGCUUCCCUGUUAACAGUCCAGCAAUGCUAAUAUUUCCAACAAUAUUUAGUAACAUCAGUAUGUUGUUGCCAUAGAAUAAACAGCCUGCGAGAGAUUUAUUUACAGAGCAUUUGUGACGUAAUAACACCGCUUCAUUUUUUCCACAUUUUUUUUAUGUUACAGCCUUAUUCCAAAAUGGAAUAAUUCAUUUUUGUCGUCAAAAGUCCACAGACAAUACCCCAUAAUGACAAUGUGAAAAGGUAGAACAUGUUUUAAAAACACAUGUACAUAAGUAUUCACAGCAUUUUCUUAAUACUCUGUUGAUGCACCUUUUGCAGCAAUUACAGCCUCAAGUGAAUUAAGCAUGGUGGAGGCAGCAUAAUGCUGUGUGGAUGUUUUUCAGCAGCAGGAGCUGGUAGACUAGUUAGGAUAGAGGGAAAGAUAAAUGCAGCAAUGUACAGAGACAUCCUGGAUGAAAACCAAUGCUUCCCAUCCAACCUGAUGGAGCCUGAGAGGUGCUGCAAAGAGGAAUAGGCAAAACUGCCCAAAGAUAGGUGUGCCAAGUUUGUGGCAUCAUAUUCAAAAAGGCUUGUGGCUGUAAUUGCUGCCAAAGGUGCAUCAAAAAAGUAUUGCGCAAAGGCUGUGAAAACUUUUCAGAUGCACUGUAAUUGUAUUGAGAGCAGUGCUAUCAGACAAAUGGCACUACAAAUAUGUGCGAGACUUAUGGUUGUCUAUGGGGGUGUUGUGCGACACACCAACUAACUGUUAGUAUACCUAUGAGUGCUUGUGUUGUUGUUUUUGUUUCACAGAUUAUUUACAUACACACAUUUUGAAUACGUGUUAAGUCCGUUCUGUAAGAUAUUCAAAACAAAGUUUUGUACCGUUCUUGUGAAAAGAGAAAAACAUUGAAACUGCAUGCACAUCACAAGACUUGCACGGCAGCUCUGAAAUGGGGGCACAUUAAAGCAUAGAAAUUGCACUAAUGCAUCUCAUAUGAUGCGGAGGUAUCAUGACCGUUUUCUGUUAUCAUGACAUGUUAUUGUCUGUAAUUGAAGCAGGCCGAUUUGUGAUGGUGCUAAGUGUGUUGACGGAUGUCAUGUGACUAACAGAGCACUAAUGGACAGUGCUAGUGUGUGGCAUCUUCACAGUGUUACCAACAGUGGUUUAUUAUUAUUUGGAGUAGGUAACUUUGUAUUUCCCCAAGUGUGUGUGCGAUGUCAUCUUCUGCUGCUGUUUUGUAACGUAAAUAUUUCAUCCCCAUGGACAAAGAAACACAUCAGCCUAGUUUAACGCACCUGAAACGAUCAGUUUGAUGAAACUACAGACAGAAGAUGAGCUCUUAUCUUGUAGCUUAUGGGGCUAAUUUAUGAAUUUUACUUUGCAAACGGCCAUAUUUGUUUUGAAGUUUUUAACAGACACUGAAAAAGUGUUUUAUUCAUUGAGCAACGGCGCCAUCUUUUGGACAAGUUCGGUCGCUGCAGGGUGAACGUCUACAGCAGGGGUCACCAACCUUUUUGAAACCAAGAGCUACUUCUUGGGUACUGAUUAAUGCGAAGGGCUACCAGUUUGAUACACACUUAAAUAAAUUGCCAGAAAUAGCCAAUUUGCUGAAUUUACCUUUAACUCUAUGUUAUUAUUAAUAAUUAAUGAUAUUUACACUUAAUUGAACGGUUUAAAAGAGGAGAAAACACGAAAAAAAUGACAAUUAAAUUUUGAAACAUAGUUUAUCUUCAAUUUCGACUCUUUAAAAUUCAAAAUUCAACCGAAAAAAAGAAGAGAAAAACUAGCUAAUUUGAAUCUUUUUGAAAAAAUAAAAAAAAUAAUUUAUGGAACAUCAUUAGUAAUUUUUCCUGAUUAAGAUUAAUUUUAGAAUUUUGAUGACAUGUUUUAAAUAGGUUAAAAUCCAAUCUACACUUUGUUAGAAUAUAUAUCAAAUUGGACCAAGCUAUAUUUCUAACAAAGACAAAUCAUUAUUUCUUCUAGAUUUUCCAUAACAAAAUUUUUUAAAGAAAUUCAAAAGACUUUGAAAUAAGAUUUAAAUUUGAUUCUACAGAUUUUGUAGAUUUGCCAGAAUAAUUUUUUUUAAUUCGAAUCAUAGUAAGUUUGAAGAAAUAUUUCACAAAUAUUCUUCGUCGAAAAAACAGAAGCUAAAAUGAAGAAUUAAAUAAAAAUGUAUUUAUUAUUCUUUACAAUAAAAAAAUAAAUUUACUUGAACAUUGAUUUAAAUUGUCAGGAAAGAAGAGGAAGGAAUUUAAAAGGUAUAUGUGCUUAAAAAUCCUAAAAUCAUUUUUAGGGUUGUAUUUUUUCUCUAAAAUUGUAUUUCUGAAAGUUAUAAGAAGCAAAGUAAAGAAAUUAAUUUAUUUAUUUAAACAAGUGAAGACCAAGUCUUUAAAAUAUUUUCUUGGAUUUUCAAAUUCUAUUUGAGUUUUGUCUCUCUUAGAAUUAAAAAUGUCGGGCAAAGCGAGACCAGCUUGCUAGUAAAUAAAUAAAAUUUAAAAAAUAGAGGCAGCUCACUGGUAAGUGCUGCUAUUUGAGCUAUUUUUAGAACAGGCCAGCGGGCUACUCAUCUGGUCCUUACUGGCUACCUGGUGCCCGUGGGCACCGCGUUGGUGACCCCUGGUCUACAGUAUUCCCUUUGGUUUUGUGUUUUGAACCAGAAGUACAAGUGCCGUUCCGUCUUCUACUCGUCCAUAGACUUUCUUCAUUCAUCACUCCAAGCAACGUUUUGUAAGUUUUACAAUAUAACUAAAAUAAUUCAUAAUUACUAAACCGUCCCCAGUGUGAUGUCUGUAGGAGUGUUUUCAUGCUUAUUUGUACAUACUAUCGUAAUGUUACCAAGCUAAGAUUGUUAGCAUUAGCUAAUAUGAUAACACGUUUACAAGUGUCUGUGUUAGUAUUAACUUACAAUGGCAUUCUGUUUGUUUUGUUCCAGUUUCAUAAAUUCACCAACACGUCACCGUGGAGUUAUUGAAUAUGUUUAGCUGAUUGGAGAGUUCGCUUCCGCAGCUAGUGGGUCCAUGACGAUUACUUCGGUUUUGUUUGAUCAGCCAUUUUACUGCUAGUUUGGAAACAAUUAAGGAAUGUAAAUAACCAUUUACAAAAUAAAAAAUGUCACAACAUAUAUAUCUUCUGCUUAUAGUCCGGUGCAGCUAAUACAUAGAAAAAAAUAUUUACUUUUAAAAUUUAGUGGGUGCGGCUUAUGUGCGCUAGAAUCUGGAAAAUACGGUAAUUCCAUUUAUAUACCCAAAUCUAGUUGUCUAUUUUUUACCUUUGUACAUUAAUCAGUUUUGUUCAAGUAGCCAUUAUACAAGUGAAUGGAAUUUUCCCUGAACAUGACAAAAUUUGUUCUAAAAGAAAAGCUAAAUGUAUUCAAAUAUUGAUUUAAAAUACACACUCGAUUUUCUUACAUACAAACCCUCCUCAAGUGAUUCUACGAUGUCACUGCUGGCUUGGAAUGGUUUCAGUACGAGGGAACAAGCUUUGAAAGUACUUUCCCCAGUCAUCUCAGUUAUGGUCAUAUUCACAUACAUUUGCAUUACAAAAUAAGGGAAUGUUUCUGUUAAAGGGAAAAUAAGUGGAAUUCUGCCUGAAAUUUACAAAAUACAAAAACGCAAGUGCGCUAGGAAAGAAGUGCAAAAGACAGGAGAUUUUCUGGGAAAAGGUGAGGGUCGACAAGCAUGAGUAUUCACAAUAAAAAUGUAGGUCUCUGUAAUAGCAGUGCUGGAAACAAUUACAUCAAUACAACAUUUGAACAAAACAAGCUACUGCAUGGAUUAUCAACAUCAGCUUCCAUUAAGGAGUAUGUUGGUAGAAGUUUAGAGACUGUUAUGUAGAAUUUGAGGUUGUUUUAAUUGGGAUAGCUGCGUUUACACUGCAGAUCGAAGCGCUCAAUUUAGCGCCUAUAGCAGAGAUCUUCAACAGGGAGUCCGCGACUCCCAGGCAGUCCAAAGGGGUACUGCAGGGAGGCUGUGAAGUUUUUGGUUGAUUUUUAUGAUAUAUCGUUUUAUAUUUCCCCUUACAAUUUUUUCACAGAUGUAAAUGUAUUUAAAUACACAUGAACACUGAGCCAACACAUUGUCAUGUAGUUGAAUAUGAAUAAAUAACAUAACAUGAGUAAAUAAUGAUUUUAUUCAUGUUAGUAUUUAGUAUAGCUAGCGAUCGGCGCCCUAGUUGGCAGCUAGCGAUCGGCGCCCUAGUUGCCAGCUGGCAAUUAGAGCGCUAGUUGUCAGUUAGCAAUUAGCGCUCUAGUUGCCAACUCUGAACUACCGUGCCAGUUACCAGCUGGCGAUUAGCAAACUACUGUCAGCUAACAAUAUAGCCCUUGCUGCCAGCUGGCAAUUGGCGUGCUAAUUGUCAGCUAGCGAUUGACGCCCUAGUUGUCAGCUAGCAACUUGCACGCUAGUUGCCAGCUAGCAAUUAAUGCGGCAGUUGCCAGCUACCAAAUAGCGCACUAUAAUCAGCAAGGGAUUUAAUUACAUUUGGAGAAGCCCUGAUUCAAUGCAAUUGCAUGCAGUACAUGUUUUCUAUUGAAACUGAAAAUGCCAGAAAGUGUCUAAUUGGAAGAGAAGGAGGGGAAUUCAGAUUAAGGGGGUCAGGCUCCACUUUAGUAGCCAGACGGCACUACAGUGUUGAAUAUUUUAAAAUGUGUUUUGUGGCAAUUCCAACUUUGGCCAAAGCAUCAGUUGCUAUGUAGAGUGACACUUUCCAUCAUUUUCAGCAGACUGCAUUGCAAAAUUAUAACCACCCCCUCCCUCUCACGCAAGAUUCACUCAGAAAUGGGGCCAUAUGAAUCCCUGCAGUAUUGAUUAUUUCCAGCCUUUUGUGGCGGGACAUCUGUGGAUUAAAGGACUUCUUCUCAACCAUGGUGUGCUCCCGGAAGUAAACAAAUGCCUGACUUGGAAAUACUUUUAAAAUGAUCUCAAGAUCUAGCAAAACUAUCUCAGGAUCUGGCAAUAUUUUCUUUGGAUUGUGUUUUGCUCACCCCCUAACCCCUGUAUCUGAAAGAGCAAAUACAAAUCGGAAUGGUGUCGCCACGUAGUGCAAAUCAAGCCUACGAGAAGGGCAGAAACAGAAUAAUGUACAGGAAUGUUGUGAUUGAGAGGAGUGUUACAAAAGAGAUGUUUUGCUGUCACCUGUUUGACAUUUGUCCGUCAUCCUUUCAGAUAUAGACAUUUUAUUCAAACAUUUGGUCAAUCGGAAGAAUUAUCUAGCAUGAAAAAAAAAUUGGGAAAGUUUUGUUUCAGUUUGAGCUGACCAAAUACCUCUCUAUUUGUUGUUUCCCCCCAAAGUACAUACUGUACAUACCGUUUCUGUGACUUGUCGCUCUAGUGACUGUAAAAAUUGACCUUCCGCUUUUAUCCAAAUCAUUUAGUUGCACUUAAUAUUUUAUGGCUGUCAAGAAAUACUGUUGACGUAAAUGUUUGUUUUCUAUUUCAAUUAUGCAAUGACAUUGUGCGUGUUUUGUCGCGGUAGCUUGUCUUUCUUGCAGGAGUGAGUCAUCUGAUGAAAAUGUGCUGGUUCAAAAUGUUUUAGUUGGUGUAAAACCUAUUGUCCUUAUUUACCUUCUUCCAGACUACCAUUGUUCAUGUAUGCACUUUAACUACCAAAUAAAGUCAAGAUU